CAAAAAGAAGGACGCUCGCUCCCGAAAUCGCGUGUCACGUGACCCAGCCCUGACCGGGCGGAGCAAACAUGGCGGACACGCGUGCGGAGCUCCGGGACGAACCUCAGUGUGAUUGCUAACGCUAGUUUCGCGUCAGGCGUGUUUCUUAAAACUCGGCUUGUUGACGAAGUCUGGCUCUCAGACGCCAUUCACAAAGCCGCAAGUAUGGACGAGGGGAAUAAGAUACAGUUUCCGUCCCUUCCUGUCUGCAAGGAGGACCAAUUGGACUGGUCAUAUGAAAUGCGUAGAGAGAUGCAGGAGAUCCUCCCUGGACUCUACCUAGGGCCCUACUCUGCAGCAAUGAAGAGCAAGCUCUCAAUAUUGGAAAAGCAGGGAAUAACUCAUAUAGUGUGUGUGCGCCAAGAUAUCGAGGCCAACUUCAUCAAACCCAACUUCCCCCUCAAAUUUAAAUACCUCGUUUUAGAUAUUGCAGACAACCCUGUGGAGAACAUCAUCAAAUAUUUCCAAAUGACGAAGGAAUUUAUUGAUGGCUGUUUAGAGACUGGAGGAAAGGUUCUCGUUCAUGGGAAUGCUGGGAUUUCAAGAAGCGCUGCCUUAGUUAUUGCUUACCUUAUGGAAACAUUCGGUGUGAAGUACAGGGAAGCUUUCAGUCACGUCCAAGAGCGGAGAUUCUGCAUCAACCCUAACAUAGGAUUCGUGCAUCAGCUGCAGGAAUAUGAAGCGAUCUAUCUUGCCAGACUAACCAUCAAGAUGAUGUCACCCAUUCAGCUAGGUCGAACAUUCUCCAUUCAAGCAGGGAGCCGGAAACGAACACUAGAAGACGACGACGAUUUUGGGAAUACGCAAGUUCAUGCGGCGCAAAACGGAUAGACGUACUUUAGUGCUUAGCUGCAUUGGAUAUGUUUUGUUGUUUUACAUUUUUAUGGGAUUAAAAAUUGUACAUAUUGUGACUUUUUUUGGUAAAAAAACAAACAAACAAAAAAAAACCAGGCAAACAUCAAUUUAAAAAAAUAAAAUUGGGGGGGUGGGGAUGAAGAGUACUCCUCGAAGCAGGGGAACAUUUGAUAUUUGUUGGGGGGGUUUGAGCCGUAUGCACUGAUGUUUUUUGCAGUUUUAUAAUAUUUAACACAUUUUGCAUUUGCAGUGGGACAGUAUUGCAAUAAUGCCCUUUUGAUACUUGAAGUCGUCUUUAUUUUUUUCGCUACAUGAUUGCAUUAAAGGAACGUGAAUGGACAAAACGAGGACGACGCUCGAACGAGCGCGGGGAAGCGUUCGGGCAGAGAGAAAACUUCAACGCUUGCGAGAAUUAACAACCUACUCAAUAAAAUGAUGUGGCUGAAUCGUUAA